AUGGCUAGCAGACGGCGGAAAGGUGGUGACAAGCUCCGCCUCAGGUCCCCGGUCCCGGAGACGCGGAGCGGCGGCAGGAGGUGCAGCAGGCGGAGGGCGGCGGCUGCCGGGGAAAGCGGCGCUGGGGGCCCGGAAGAUGGAGGGGCGGCGGCGGCCGCUGCCGAUCCCAGUAGCAAGAGCAAGGCGGAGGAAUCAUGUUUAUAUAAGACUCCAAAGAGAUCAUUAAGUAGCAGAUCAAGGUUACCUACCUUCAGUUCUCCAGCCAAUGAUACUGAUAUACAGCAAGAAAUAUUUUGGGAUCCUCAUUCGCCAAUUACACACAAACUAGGUAAUGAAAGAAAGAAACAGGCUACCAGUAGAUGUACAGUUGACAUUUCAGAUAUUGUUAAUCGUAUUGCUCCACAGGAUGAAAAACCAGGCUGUUCUGAGGGAUCUCUUCUAGGGAUGUGGAUUGGUGAGGAUGCUAUUCCCUGUACACCUGGAGUAGUAAAAGUGCGAACUAGGACAAAAUUAAAUGGUACACGAGAUCAUAAAAUAAAAAAUACUGAAGAGGAACUGAUGAAGUUGGCUAAACAAUUUGAUAGAAACCAGGUAGAGCUAGAUAUAGUCCAGGAGCAAGAUGAUCAAUGCAAUGGUUUUAUUCAGACUACUUCAGAGGCAGAGACUUUAAAUAAUUAUAAAGAUGUUGCACAGAUGAAAAAUCUGCAGUCAUUCCUUGAUGAAGAUUCUGAAACACCUACUGUUCUGUCCUGUAAGCCAGUUAAAGAGAGCACUGGCAUCCCUGCUAUAGAAUGUCUAACUAGCAGCCAGAAGUCUUUAGACCUUGAGGCCGAAGUGGCCCUUAAUGCCCUUUUUGAUUGCUCUACCCAGAAAUGUAGUGGACAGUUGAGUCAAGGCCUAUCAGCUAUUUCCCUAAACAAUAGUUUCCAUGAAAGCCCCAAAAGCCCCUUGGUGGAGGAGAAGCCCACUUUUAAGGAAAGUACGGUAACCAAGCAGCACAUUGCUAAAGAGAUAUGCCAGAAGCAAGGUUCAACAUGUGCAUCAGAAAGUGUGAACCAGAUUGCUGCUCCAGAAACUAAGAAUAUUCCUUUGCUGCCAAAACAAAGUUUAACAUCCUCUAAGAUAGAAUCAUUGAUCUCCAGUAAGCCUGCUGAAGUAGCUCAUGAUGACUUUGAUGAUUGGGAUAUUGAUUUAUUGGCAGACGAUUCCUUUGUAAUGCAGAUUAGUACUCCUGAAAAAGCUUUAUCAGCUCCUAAAAAGCCAAGCACAUAUGCUUUCAAUGGCAUUAGUAAAACUAAGGAAAGAACAAAUACUUCUAAUUCUGUAAUUGGUGUAAGUUUUUCAUCCAAAUCCAACAGUAUUCAAUAUGCAUCUCUGAAACAAAAUAGUAAAACAAUACAAGAUGCUGCAAAAUCUCUUUCUUUCCAGAAACCAAAUAACAAGAUGGAAAAUUCAAAGAUACAGACUGGUUUUUUACAUAUGGAGCAUGAUGUUAAAACUUGUACGAUAAAUUCCACUUGGAAAAGUGCCCAAAACAAAGUUUCUGACUAUACUUCUCUUAUUUCAGUGCAAUCUGACCUUAAGAAUGGAAUGGAACGCAUUCACCCUAAAUGUGGUCCCACCAGUUUUCCAGUAAAAGGAUCCUCUUCCAUCUUGAUACACUCUAAUCCUCAUAGAACACAGACUGGAAAACAUGGAAAUAACAAACACAAUAUUUUCCCUCAGUCAUCCAUUUCUGCUAACGCUAAGCCUAAUGAUCUGGUGAAGGUGGUGACCUGUACUGGUGUGGCUAACCUAAAACAAGCUGAAAUGCCUAAGAAAUGUUCUGUGUCAUUUGAUGAUUGGAAUGAUCCUAAGUUUCCUGAUGAAGUUUUAGAUAUGUUUUGUGAACCUGAUAGUCUUUGGGACACAAACUGCGAAGAUGAUGAUUUGUUGUAUCAGGUGUGUGAUGAUGUAGAAAAACAAACUCAGAACCAAGACAUUAAACAUGGAAACAAAAGAGCAAUAAUUCUAAAAGGAGCCAGUAUUACUUCCAAAUCUGAUGCCGAUAACAGUUUCACAGCAUCUAAAAAAGGACUGCCUAAUCACCCAUUGGCACAAAAAAUCAGUGCCAACCAGGACACCAGCUCGAUGGGCACUCCUUGUACAAACUCCUCAAAGGUUGCAGACAGAUUAACUACAUUUGGAAAUGUAGUGAACUGUACAAAUUCUGCAAAUCCUAUAGCUGUAAUGGCAAAUGUUCCUACACAACACAGGUAUACCCAUUCCCAAAACUAUAAUAAAGCUGCUUCUGCAAAUACUACAAACAGUGUUCCAGGAAAAUGGUAUCGGUCUAAUUCUGUGCCUGCAGGAAGCCUCAGGUCUGAAAUUGAUCCAGUUAACAUAACAAAUAGGUGUACUAAUGCUUUUAAUGGGGGAUGCAACCAAGAUCUUUCACACAACACAGGAAAGAUACAAAAUAACAGUUGUAUGAACAAAAUGUCAGUUGUGCCUUCAAAGUUUACAUUUAAAAAGAUUAACAAUUCCCAUGUUGCAGUUCAUGUGGAUCCUAAAAGUAUAAGUAUAGGAGGCACUUCUGGAAUCAAAGUUACUCAGCAGGGUUUGGAAGAAAGCAAGAAUCAACUGAAUAUCCCUUUGCAUGGGAAGAUUAAAAUUAAUCAAAAGCCACCUUUUAAGAGGCACCUUUCAGAAUCUCUGGCAGAGUCUACAACAGCAUUUGUGAUCGAACAGAAAAACAGAAAAUGUUCUCAAGAAGAAAUUGAAAGGAAAAAACAAGAAGCUCUUGCUCGAAGAAAAUCCAGAAUGCAGGCAUUUCUCAAAGAUACUUGAAUUUGGUCUGGAUUUUUUGCCAUUUAAUUUGUUGGGUAGGAAAAUGAUUGUAAUACAGAAUGAACCAUUUUUAAAAUUCUGCCUGAUGCCUCAUCUUGCUCUUCUUUACUUGACUUCUGUAUGAGAAACUGAUGCUGGACUAUAUGUUAAAUUCAUUAAAAUAUAAAAAUAAUUUACAGUUGUAAACAACAGUUUCCUCCAAGUGUCUUAACAGCCAGUACAAUGAAGUUCAAUAUCGUGUACACACUGGUACUCUCACAUGUUGCAAUUGUGUGGUUUAAAAUUCAUGUGAAUAGUAUUUAAAGUGUUCAAGAAAGGAAUACAGCAUAAAGUUCAUUCGCAUGUUUCUAUUGUUUUUCUUUUUCUCUCACGUAUCAGCAAGAUUUUUGCUUUAAAUCCAUAAAGUGAGUAGGCUGAAACAUUAGUGUGUGCAUUUAUUAUAUCUCUGUGGUUCUCAAACUGGUUUUGGUAAACUUGAAACUAACUCAUGGAGAUG